AUGAACGAAAAGGUUGUUGUCUUGUUUAUUUUAGGCAUGGGAGCGGUUCGGCUAUACGAGGACUAUGUUGACGACGUUGACCGCGAUGACGAUGAUGAAGAAGAUCGUUUUAAAAGGAGGAAAAUUAGCCGUCGUGACGUGUCAAAUGAGCCCGUUCCCCCGGUCAACUACGCAGAGCUUAUUGUUGAAAUUCAACAAAAUGGACUGUCACCUAAAGACCUACUCGCUUGCGAUCGAGUUGUGAGUACAGAAUGCUCAUGCGCGUCUGUUAACUUUUUAUCACUUAAUAUUUUAUCAUUUAGGCGGAUCGAUUGUUUUUAUUUGCAAGACAAAGUGGAUCACUGUCAGAAGCUUGAAAAAUAUCGUCCGAAUCCUAAGUUACACUUGAACGAAGGACUUUUGUCUCAAAGGGCUCUAGGAGACAAACUUGUUUGGGUAAAAAUAUGUCGCCAGACAGAAUUGCUUGGACAACAUCUAUGUGACUGUCGAAAAUACUUGACUAAAUGGUCGGAAUUUUCGGGAAAUUUGAGCGCUUUCACAAACGGAGAUGAAUUUACUCUCUUUUGA